AUGGAGCCAGAAGAGUUGACUAUCGAGUGGUAUGAGGAGAAUGGUCUUGAGAAGCCAAUCCACUUCAGAUGCGAUCCAACGAGGAUAGGAAUGAAGUUACCAUCUCCUUCCACGUUUACGGUGGAUAGUGUGCUAGAGUUAGUCGGUGGAAAUCGUAUGAUCGAAGUGGUACAAGUGGAGGAUCAGGGCAGUGUAAAAAUGACUCUUGAAGAGUUUGUAGAGUUUUAUAAAACCCCACGGGAUCAGAGGAAGAAUCUCUACAAUGUGCUCUCCUUGGAAUAUUCCCUCACUCCACUGGAAGACCUGGUCAACUCUCCUGCACUAGUCCGACAGAUAGACUGGGUUGGAAACAUCUGGCCUGAUGCACUUCGUCAAAGAUGGAUCUCAUUUAACGGUCGUGAGAAGAAGUCCUAUUUCCCUCAUCACACAUUUCCAAAAGUUCAAAACUACUGCCUGAUGAGUGUGGCGAAUUGCUACACAGACUUUCACAUCGAUUUUAGUGGAACAUCGGUGUGGUACCAUGUGUUAAAGGGACGCAAAGUCUUCUGGCUGAUUCCACCAACGGCGACAAAUUUCUUUAUCUAUCAGGAAUUCAUCAAAACUGUCAGCGACAACGCCUUCUUCGGAAGAUCCGUAGAAGCGUGCCACGUGGCAGUUCUAGAACCAGGAGACACUAUGCUGAUUCCGAGUGGCUGGAUCCACGCAGUAUAUACUCCAGAUGACAGUUUGGUAUUCGGAGGCAACUUUUUGCAUUCGCUUUCGUGUCAAACGCAAUUGCGGGUUUAUCAAGUAGAGAACAAAUUGAAUAUUACUCGAAAAUUCCGUCUCCCUUACAACGAGGAACUGUUGUUCUAUGUGAUGGCUGACUAUGUCAAAAAGUGGACAGGCCGAGAAUACGUGCGACCGCUUCUAGUCGAGGAUGCCAAGCUGGAUUACGUCGGUGAGAAAUGGAAGGCCGCUGGCGGCCACUUGAAAAAGAUCAGGUUCGAAGACUAUAACGUCGAGGUUACUUCUGAAAUGGUCAAGAACGAGGAGGAGAGCGAGAAAGACGAAGUCAAAGUGAUCGCAAUGCACGCUGGAAGCUCCAACUAUGACAAUGCGAUGAUUAGCAAGAUGAGCUACACAGAAGCUACGGGUCUAGAAGAGGAAGCAGAGGAUGAGGAUGUGAAGCCAGAAACUAAAAAAGAAGCCGAAGAGCGUAGAGAUGCAGAAAUCGACUUGUUGGCUGCGACGAAUUCGUUAAUUUUCUAUAGGAAUUCGAAACACGACUUCAUCCGCAACAAGUCCGUACCGGAUCACAAGCUUCCCAUCGGCCACGAGCCUCCAGUCUAUUUCAACGACGAAGAAGUGUCCCGCAUCUCACCACGUCUUCUAGAAGAACUCGAAGCCCUCGGCGCCUACAUCCGUCGUAAGAACCGUGUGGAAGUGGCCGAGGGAAUUUGCCAUCCCGCAUCACUGAUCAAUCUAUUCAAUACGGUUUUGAAGAAGCGACGAGCCGAAUUGACUGGAAAACCAUUUCAAUUCAACCAAAUCAUGCCUCGAAGAUAUACUCGAGCUGCCAUCGAGACCGGCGACUAUGACUUCGAACCGGUCCGCACGAUAGAGGAUUCUAGAAGAGCGUCGCAGUUCAAAGUGGAAGACUUCCCGGAUGAGCUUCUGGAGUCUGAUGAACCGGACGAAACUUCUAGAAUCCAUCUUCCACAUCAACCAUCAUCGGGACCACUGGAGUACAUUCCAACGCCAAGAGGAGAAAUAAGAGAGAAUUCGCUGGGUUUUGAGCCAGAAUACGACGAGGAUAUGGAGGAGUACGAUCCAGCUGAGCAGGUAGUGAAGGAGGAGCUGGAGGAGGAAGAAGAAGAGGAGGAAGGGGAAGAGGAAGAAGAGGAAGAGUAUGUUGCUCCAGUCACCAGACGCUCCAGCACCAGAGGAUCGGCUAGCACGAAAGAGGAGCCACAAGAGGAGAAAGAAGAAAAAGAGGCUGCUCCGAAGAAGGAGAAGAAAGAGAAGAAGGUGAAGAAGGAGAAGAGUUCAAAGCCGGAGAAGGACACCACGGAAGCAAAACUGAAGAAGGAGAAGAAGAAGAAGGAAAUGGAACGGCGUCUUCGAGAUAGUGAACUCGAGGCUGAGCUCCGAGCUGCGCACGGUGGAAAGAAUGCGAAAUCGAAGAAGAAACCUGAGAAGCCAGCUUACGUUGGUGGUCUUCCGACUGCUCCGAUUCAAAACGAUCCGGUGGUUUCCAAUCCAUACAACUAUGAUCCGAGAAUGGAGAUGAUGAAGUUGGGUACAGGACAACUCAAGUCGGCUUAUAGAAAGACCAAAGCGAACGUCGAAUUGCACAUCGAGAAGAAUCUCUACAAGCUCGAGCCAAAGCGCGAUGAAAGUGAAAGCCGAGAGCCUAGUAUGGAGCAUGAAGACUCUCCGACUACUCCACACGCUCCUUACGAUAGAUAUAGUCACUAUCAUACUGAGAAUUCUCAUUUCCAAGAAGAUCAAGACUCUCAUCGGACACCAGCGAAACGGUCCAAGUAUGACAACAUCAGCGUGGACACUUCAGAAAGUCCACAUAUACCGAAGAAACGAAGUCUGGAAGGUCGUCCAAGUCCAUACAGUGUCAUAUCACCUCCGCACAACAGACCAAAACUUUCUUCUCCAGCAAUGUUCUCUCCAAGUUCCGAACCUCGUAGAUCUAACGACCGUCGUACCAGUGAUCCAGCUGUGAAUGCUAUGAAAAAGGGUGUCUACAUGCCUCCGAUGUCUCGCCAGGAUAAGAUGAUUGCUGAAGCAGCGUCCGCCUCAUCCUCUCGUCAUUCUUCAUUCUCUGAACGUCGCCCAAGCUUCAUACCGGAUUUAAACUCCUCCAGACACUCUUCGACCGAUACUCCAAUGUACACUCCAACUGCUCCGGCUAGAUCCUCGUGGCUCCCGAACACAUCCAACGUCACUCGACACUCUCUGGAUGAUGAUUCUCCGAUCGACGUCGUCAGCGAGUCUCCAAUAGACGUUCUCAACUCGCCACCAUUCCCAAGAUCCAUCACUCCACCGCCAGUUUCAUUGAGUGAGCUCAAAUCUCAAUCUAACGGCAGAAAGAGCAACUACUCGGAGGAUGGAAAGAGAGCCAAGAUCCCAGCGAGAGAAGCUGUGGCCGAGUUGAAGACGCUCAUCGGGAAGCUCAAGACUCUUAACGAGGCAUAG